AUAAGACUGUGCGCCUGUCGCGGUGGAGCAUAAAGUCGCACCAGCAGAUAGGACAGCCACUCAAACACACCACACAUAAGACAAACUUGUUCAAUUCUCGCCUGCAAUGCGUACUUGGCAGACAUUCCUGCUCAUCCAUCUGUGGACUCGUGAUCUUCUCGAGCUACCUUGCUUUGCAGACGAGUCGCAAAGCGUGGGUGAUCGGCCUGAUGAGUUGGUCACCAGAGGGUUGAGGUUGCUCGUUCGCCUUAGUCGUCCUUUCGGCGCACUUUUGCUAGCGCAACAGCGUGGUGGGGAGUAUAAGAGAAUCGCUUCGAUUAACAAUAUCAUCGUACGAGUCAGGGAUAUAGCUGCGAAGAACGGGGCAUUUUCAUUUCAUACAUUUCCACAUGAACAGUACCCUAGAAUUUUGUAUGAUAUCGGUCUCGAUAUCGUAUCAUAUAUUGUCUCGCAUACAAACAAGCUAGUCCUAAAAUCAGACGUCCGGGAGAUGGUGUUCUCCCUGGAGGGAGAGAUGUGACGGUGACGCUGUCCAACAGAUCUUCGAGAACCCUGCACUUCUAGACCUCGACAUCUCUAUUCGCGAUCAGAUGGAAGGCUUGUUUCUCUGACCACUCAGGAAGCUUCAAGGUACACUACGCGAAUACGGCAGUGCGCCUUUGGCGUUCGUGGGCGACGCUCCCGAUGAAUGUACAUC